AUGAUUGACAGACUGGACUGUGAUGUUUAUUAUUACCACAUUCACAAGCUCUGUGCUCAGUUUGCUUGUCAAAGCUCCAACAUGGAAGUUCAAAAAGCAGGUCUUUUAUUCUGUCUUUUCCUCUUCUCAGGCUGUUUCUGUCAAACGCUCUUGAAUCUGCUCUGUACAGCUGCUGAAGACUGUAUGCACUGCAAUGGAGAAGACUACAGAGGCAAGAUCUCCAUCACUGAGAGUGGAUACACCUGCCAACGCUGGGACUCUCAGACACCACACAAACAUAAUUACAUCCUUUUAUUUUUACAGAACUUGAGGGAGAACUAUUGCAGGAACCCUGGUGGAGAUCCCAGACCCUGGUGUUAUACCACAGAUCCAUCCAAACGCUGGGAGUACUGCUCUAUUCCUCGAUGCACCACUGAACCACCCACAUUUGUACCAGAGCUCACCUGUAGUUCUGAAGUAGGAAGAUAUUACAGAGGAACUAUUUCUGUGACCAAAUCAGGCAAAACUUGCCAGAGCUGGGCAUCUCAAACUCCUCACAAACAUGACAGAUCUUCAGUAAACUACCCAUGCAAAGGUCUUGAAGAGAACUACUGCAGGAACCCUGAUCGUGAAAAAGCACCAUGGUGUUACACCACAGACCCUGAGACCCGCUGGGAACACUGCACUGUGCCCAAUUGUAGAGAUCAACCUGGCUGUUUCUGUCAAACGCUCUUGAAUCUGCUCUGUACAGCUGCUGAAGACUGUAUGCACUGCAAUGGAGACGACUACAGAGGCAAGAUCUCCAUCACUGAGAGUGGAUACACCUGCCAACGCUGGGACUCUCAGACACCACAUCAACAUGAUUACAUCCUUUCAUUUUUACAGAACUUGAGGGAGAAUUAUUGCAGGAACCCUGGUGGAGAUCCCAGACCCUGGUGUUAUACCACAGAUCCAUCCAAACGCUGGGAGUACUGCUCUAUUCCUCGAUGCACCACUGAACCACCCACAUUUGUACCAGAGCUCUUCUGUAGUUCUGAAGAUGGAAGAUAUUAUAGAGGAACUAUUUCUGUGACCAAAUCAGGCAAAACUUGCCAGAGCUGGGCAUCUCAAACUCCUCACAAACAUGACAGAUCUUCAGUAAACUACCCAUGCAAAGGUCUUGAAGAGAACUACUGCAGGAACCCUGAUCGUGAAAAAGCACCAUGGUGUUACACCACAGACCCUGAGACCCGCUGGGAACACUGCAAUGUGCCCAAUUGUAGAGAUCAACCUGUGGAGGGAAGAGAUGUGCUUGAUGCUGAAUCACUGGGCGGUGCUGAAGUGGAGGGAAGAGAUGUGCUUGAUGCUGAAUCACUGGGCGGUGCUGAAGUGGAGGGAAGAGAUGUGCUUGAUGCUGAAUCACUGGGCAGUGCUGAAGUGGAGGGAAGAGAUGUGCUUGAUGCUGAAUCACUGGGCGGUGCUGAAGUGGAGGGAAGAGAUGUGCUUGAUGCUGAAUCACUGGGCGGUGCUGAAGUGGAGGGAAGAGAUGUGCUUGAUGCUGAAUCGCUGGGCGGUGCUGAGAUGGAGAUGUCUGCAACAGGUGGCCCAGGAUUUGCAGGGACGGGGUUCAGAUAUUUCAAAAUUUUCCUAACGGACUACACUGAAAGUACAGAAGAUUGUAUGCACUGCAGAGGAGACGACUACAGAGGCAACAUCUCCAUCACUGAGAGUGGACACACCUGCCAACGCUGGGACUCUGAUCCACUAAAUAAAUACACGGCAUCAACAUACCCUGAGAAGAACUUGGAGAAGAACUACUGCAGGAACCCUGAUGGAGAGCUCAGGCCCUGGUGCUAUUCCACAAAUCCAUCCAAACGCUGGGAGUUCUGCUCUAUUCCCCGAUGUAGAACUGAACCAGCCGCAAUAGUUCCAGAUCACACCUGUAUUACUGGAGAUGGAAGCUCUUACAGGGGAACUGUUUCUGUGACCAAAUCAGGGAAAACUUGCCAGAGUUGGACAUCUCAAACUCCUCACACGCAUGGCAGAACUCCAGACAACUCCCCAUGCAAAGGUCUUGCAGAGAACUACUGCAGGAACCCUGGUAAUGACCGAGCGCCCUGGUGUUUCACCACAGACCCCGAGACCCGCUGGGAAUACUGCAAUGUGUCCAGAUGUCGAGAUGAUUGUGUAUACUGUAGAGGAGACGACUACAGAGGCAAGAUCUCCAUCACUGAGAGUGGAUACACCUGCCAACGCUGGGACUCUGAUUCACUCAAUAAGUACAGGCCAUCAAAAUACCCUGAGAAGAACUUGGAGGAUAACUAUUGCAGGAACCCUGAUGGAGAGCUCAGGCCCUGGUGCUAUUCCUCAAAUCCAUCCAAACGCUGGGAGUACUGCUCUAUUCCCCGAUGUAGUAAGAAAUCACUUUCAGCCUUUUAUUAUAUGAUAUUAUUAAUCAUUGAUCAUCUUUCUCUUGUAGGAACUGAACCAGCCACAAUUGUCCCAGAACACACCUGUAUUACUGGAGAUGGAAGCUCUUACAGAGGAACUAUUUCUGUGACCAGUUUAGGGAAAACUUGCCAGAGUUGGACAUCUCAAACUCCUCAUAAACAUGAUAGAACUGCAGAGAAGUACCCCUGCAAAGGGCUUGUAGAGAACUUCUGCAGGAACCCUGAUAAUGACAGAAUGCCCUGGUGUUUCACCACAGACACCGAAACCCGCUGGGAAUACUGCACUGUGCCCAAAUGUGAUGACCAACCUGAACCUGAAGAUUGUAUGCACUGCAGAGGUGACUACUACAGAGGCAACAUCUCCACCACUGAGAGUGGAUACACCUGCCAACACUGGGACUCAGAUCCAAAAAAUAAAUACAUGCCAUCAAAAUACCCUGAGGAGAACUUAGAGAAGAACUACUGCAGGAACCCUGAUGGAGAGCUCAGGCCCUGGUGCUAUUCCUCAAAUCCAUCCAAACACUGGGAGUUCUGCUCUAUUCCCCGAUGUAGAACUGAACCGUCCACAAUUGUACCAGAGCUCACCUGUAUAACUGGAGAUGGAAGCUCUUACAGGGGAACUGUUUCUGUUACCAAAUCAGGGAAAACUUGCCAGAGCUGGGCAUCUCAAACACCUCAUAAACAUGACAGAACUCCAGAAAACUACCCCUGCAAAGGUCUUAAAGAGAACUACUGCAGGAACCCUGAUAAUGACAGAAUGCCCUGGUGUUUCACCACAGACCCCAAGACCCGCUGGGAACACUGCAAUGUGUCAAGAUGUGAUGACCAACCUAAAUCUGGUCUGUAUCUGAAAUGUGGACAGCCAGCAAUAGAAACAAAAAGUUGCUUGUGGCGUGUUGUUGGGGGAUGUGUUUCUGAACCCCACUCCUGGCCUUGGCAGAUCAGUCUUAGAAAAGGUGCUGAGAAAUCUCACUGGUGUGGUGGAACUCUGAUUGAUCCGCAAUGGGUCCUCACCGCAACACAUUGCCUUAAGGAGUCUCCAAGUCCAUCUGUUUACAAGAUCUUCCUCGGAAUCCACACAAAAAAUGGGUCUGAAUCAUCCAAACAGGAACGAGGUGUUAUUAAAAUGGUUAUGGAACCAUCUGGAACUGACAUUGCACUUAUAAAGCUAGACAGGCCAGCAGUACUUAAUGAUCAGGUAUCGCUUGCUUGUCUACCAGAAAAGGACUAUAUUGUACCAGACGCUACUGAAUGCUUUAUAACAGGCUGGGGAGAGACACAGGGAACUGGUGGAAAGGGUCACCUGAAAGAGGCCGGCGUACCAAUAAUUGAGAACAAAAUCUGCAACAAUCCGUCAUUUUUGAAAGGCCGCAUAAAGGAACAUGAGAUGUGCGCUGGACACAAAGAGGGCGGAAAAGACUCUUGUCAGGGUGACAGCGGUGGACCUCUCGUCUGCAAAGCACAGAACAAGUUUGUUCUUCAGGGAGUGACAUCAUGGGGUAUUGGUUGUGCACAAGCUAUGAAACCUGGAGUGUACGUACGAGUCUCUAAGUUUAUCAACUGGAUUGAACAAACCCUGAAAGAAAAAUGAUGCAUCUAGCUUUCCUGUGGCUCAGUGGUAAGAUCAUGGCACUAGCAAUGCCAAGGUCAAGGCUUCGAUCCCACAGGAUUGCACAUAGUCAGAAACAAAAGUAUAAUAUAAUGCAAUUUAAGCUACGUCUGCCAAAUGCGUAUUUGCAAAUCUUGAACACAAAUGUAUAAUGGGAUAUACAUUAGAAUUUAAAUGUACAUCUUCUCUAUAGAAUAAAAUUAUUAUGAUACAAAA